AUGUCGGGUCUACCCAGCUCAGACAUCGUGAAGCUCGUAUGGGCUCGCAUCGCAGGCAGCCCUGCCGUGGCGCACCUCAAGAAUGCCGUCUUUGCCAUCGUGCUCUACCGCUACUUGACAACUGUCGGUCGGGACAUCUCGUAUAAGGGACCCGUGGGUGCCUUCAAGGCAUACUUCAAACGGGCUCUUCAGUAUGUCUUGACUCUGUCGCGGAAAGUGAUUCCAGGCGCCAACUCCCUUGUAAAGAAAGAGGUAGCGAAACAUGUUGAAGGAAUCGAGAAGAAGAUGGUCAACAUCCAGCCAGGCACAAAGGUCUACCGUGCCCUGCCCGCCGAAGGCCUGUCGGAUGGAGCCGUCCGCUCGGAACUGGAGAGGUACCAGAAGAUGGGACAUGUCAACUGGAGGGACGGAAAGAUCUCAGGCGCUAUCUACCACGGCGGCGAGGAUGUUUCUGCACUUAUCACAGAUGCCUUUUCCCGUUUCACCAUCACCAACCCACUGCACCCCGAAAUCUUCCCCGGCAUCCGUCAAAUGGAAGCCGAGGUCGUCUCAAUGGUCCUUCGAAUGUACAAUGCCCCUGACUCUGGUUGCGGAAGCGUGACCUCUGGUGGAACUGAGAGCUUGCUGAUGGCUAUCAAGGCCUACCGUGACAUGGCGAGAGAUCAACGCGGAGUCACGGAGCCUGAAAUGGUCGUCCCCGUUACCAUCCACGCUGCAUUCGACAAAGGCGAAAGCUACUUCGGAGUCAAACUCAUCCACAUCCCGAUCGAUUCCACCACUGGCAAGGUAGAUCUUGCCAAGGUCGGACGCGCCAUCAACCGUAACACUAUCCUGAUCGCUGGUUCAGCACCCAACUUCCCCCAUGGUAUCAUCGACGACAUCCCCGCUCUCGCCGCUCUCGCCAAGAAGGCGGGCAUCGGCAUGCACGUCGACUGCUGUCUCGGAGGCUUCAUUGUCCCCUUCGUUGAAAAAGCCGGUUUCCCUCUCGACCACCCUUGCGAUUUCCGGGUGGACGGCGUGACGUCUAUCUCUGUCGACACUCACAAAUACGGAUUUGCGCCCAAGGGUUCGUCGGUCAUCAUGUACAGGGAUAAGUCUUACCGCGACUACCAGUACUUUGUUGCUACUGAGUGGACAGGUGGUAUUUACGCGUCUCCAACUAUUGCUGGAUCUAGGCCUGGCGCCUUGAUCGCUGGCUGCUGGGCAGCCAUGGUGCAUUUCGGUGAAUCUGGCUAUGUGAAGAGUACCAAAGAGAUCAUGACCUCGGCUCGUAGGAUCCGAGAAGGCAUCAAGAACAUCUCCGGCCUCAAAAUCGUCGGCAACCCCAUCCUCUCCGUCGUCGCCUUCCAAGCCGAAGCCCCAAUCAACACCUACGCCGUCGCCGACCUUCUCUCCCGCAAAGACUGGCACCUCAACGUCCUGCAGAACCCGCCCGCAAUCCACAUCGCCUGCACCAUGCUCACCCGCAACUCAGCAGAAGAGCUCCUGCGGGACCUCGACGAAGCCAUUAUGGAGAUCAGACGCGACCCGGCUGCCGGACAGGGCGCCGUUGCGGCGAUCUAUGGGACUGCGGCGAGUGUGCCGGACAGGACUAUCAUUGCGGAUGUCACGAAGGGGUUCUUGGACGCUUUGACCAAGAUCUGA